CUCUCUGCCUGGCAACACACAUUGAUCUCCUCACUCCUCACCCCACACCGUCGACCACCAUGGCGGCGCCCAUAGCCACAAGAACCCUGUCCCUGGCGGUGUGCGCCGCCGUCCUCGUGGCGGUUGUCGUGGUGUCCUUGGCACCAGUGGCGGCGGCGAACGAGGAAGGGGACGCGCUGAUGGCCCUGCGCCGUGGCCUCGAGGACCCCGACGGCGUGCUCGCGAGCUGGGACCCGAACCUGGUGAACCCGUGCACCUGGUUCCACGUCGCGUGCAACGACGACAACCGCAUCGACCGCAUAGAGCUUGCUAACAUGAGGUUGUCCGGUCCUCUGCCGGCGGAGCUGGGGAAACUGGAGCAGCUGCAAUACAUGGAGAUGAGCGGGAACAACCUCCAGGGCCCGAUCCCGCCGGAGCUCGGCGACCUGAAGAACCUGAUCAGCAUGGACCUGUACAACAAUGACAUCUCGGGGCACCUGCCCAGCACGCUCGGGAACCUGAAGUCCCUGCGGUUCCUGCGCAUCGACCACAACCGCCUGACGGGACCGAUCCCCAGGGAGCUGUCCAGACUGCCCAACCUCGAAGCUGUGGAUUUCUCCAGCAACGACCUCUGCGGCACCAUCCCGACAUCCGGGCCGUUCGAGAACGUGCCCCUGAGCAGCUUCUCCAACAACCCGCGGCUGAAGCAGGGUCCCGGCGCGUACGACGCCCACUGCUAGACUGGCUUGGCUUGGCUGCCAGCAUGAAUAACAGCAGACCCAGGCACCGAGGCCCGAGCGGUAGGUAGACGAGAUCGUUCGAAUCGAUGACGACGCAUGCGGCUGUGUGCCAGCAUGCCAGGGCAGAAGGGCCUCACUCCUCUCGUUGUAAGGCGCCCCCCUCUGACGGGGCCUCGCUUGUACUCUGCACCUGGCGCCGAUCGCGUGAGAAAAAAAAACAAUUAAUCUGGUCGUGAUGAACUGAUGACGACGCU